UGGGAGUUGCCUUUUUCCGCGCUUUGAAAGCUGGCGCUAUCUGCUGAAAUUAAAGCGCUUUUCUCCUUUCGUUGUUUCAUCCUCGUUAAGGCAUGGACAGGAGCAGAAAGCGUCAUCUUGUUUGUGUCUGAGUGGCCUACAAAAUACCGUCUCGCUCAGUUCCUCUCCUUACCUCCUCGUAUCCUGUUCUUUUUUUCGCACGAACCAAGAAGGAAACAAUUAUCCAGCGGUGGAAAUCUCUAUUGGCCGGCAAAAGUGGACUGUUCGUUACUGUCAUGGAUUUCUGUUUAUCCGGUUCCUCUAGGGAAGCGUCUAUCCCCGUUCUAGAUGCUUUUGGCCCAUCCCUCCACAGAAACAUUCACUGCCUCUGGAAAAAAUUCUGUUGCCACAAGAGCUGAUGCUUCCCCAGGGAUUUCGUACCAUCGCAUUUUUCGAAUAAUCUUUCCAACUGUCGGUCAAGCAGUCUCUACGAGUGUGCAGUGUUUCUCGCGUUCCACCGCCCCGCUGUCCUCUUUCGACACCGGCCUGCUGCUACUUUAAUGUCUCUUAUUUGUCUCCCUAUCUCAUCCUCGUAUAUCGUGCUUUGGAAGUGAAUCUUUAUGUGUAUCUUCAUUGUUUUUCCCAAGUGUCGGUUUCACUGUGGCUCCCCGUCUCGAUAUCGUGCCCGUCUUCACCGCGCGUUGGCUUCACGUAGUCACCAGGUUCCUGGAGUCAGGCAUAACUUCUCGGACACCUCCUUCACUUUAUUUGUUCUCUAAUUUUCUUUGAAUAUGUUCGCAUUACGAUGGCCGUAACUCCUGCUGAUGUCUCUGUCUGCCGUCAAGUUCUCUCUUUUGUAGGGAAAAGCCUCUCCUCCGCCGUGGAUGUGAAUACCUCUGGAGUGCUGCCUGCCCAUUUAAGGCGGAUCGGAUGCUAGCGUUUUGCCACGAGUUGCGGGACGCGCUUCACGACGAAGGAUCUGUUCAGAGGACAUCUCCUAGAUUGUUUUGAUGCAAUUGAGCGUCCUUUUUCACACAGCGCGAGGUGAAGGGCUUCGCAGUUCGUUUUCCUCACGACGCGUGAAAGCAGUUGCUUGCAUGCGUCGUACGUGUCUCUAGGGAAUUCUCCAUCACACUUUUUUCGGACUGCAGUCGAAACACCUGUGCGCUGAAUCCAGGGAAGCGUUUUUCUCUCGUCUGUUUGUUGUCUAACCCCCGUCGGUGUCACAGCCGGUUCUUUUCGUUGUGGUGGCUCCUCUCACCUUUCCUUCUGCCACGAAGCGCGUGUUUCUUCCAUCCUUCUGCAGCGUCUUCGGGGUCUUGUCAUUGUGUUCAAUCGCAAAAUGGAGAACAACGGAAGCAGUGGGAAGAACCAGCCGUCGUCAACGGCGGCGGCGACGGACAGUGCAGGCGUCGCCUUUGACUCGCAUAUUUACGGCGAGACGCCGGCGGCGCAUUACGUGACAGAAAUCGACGCAGAGACGCCUUUGGUGGCACAAGAUGGCGGCUCGGGUUCGGCGGUGUCUCGCGCGAGCCGCAGCGGCCAACGCUCGACGGAAGAUGGGGCGCGGAUCGCGGAGCGCGAGCGCAUGCUGAUGGCUCAGCAGGGCGACGGCGUGGAGGCGACUGGGGUAGACAAGUCGAUCGCCGCCCGCGAAGACUUUUACCGCCGGCAGCGCUUCCAGCGAGCGCUCUCCCCCGAGCGUGCGGAUCCCUUCUCCGACGGCGACCUGGGCGCGGCGUCCCGCGGCGAGAGCGCGCGUACCUACGCCGACGUGAUGCUCGAGCAGCACUUGGACCGCGAGAAGCAAGCAGCUGUGCGACAAAUCCGCAAACUGCAAGAGGACGCGGAGCUCCAGAGGCAGCUUCAGAUGCAGAAGCAGCUCGGCGGAGGGGACGGCUCCGAAAAGAAGCGCAGAAGGUGGGACUGGGGCACCGCCGGCGCGGAGGACGAAGGCCUCACAGAGGCUGAGCGCCAAGAACUCGCUCGUGCCAAGGCGCAGGGCGGCGGCAAGAGCGAAGAAGGAGCCGCGGCUGCGGCGGCGGCCCUCGUCAGCCGCUGGGAUACGCCGCUCCAUGCCGGUGGACAGACCCCCGGCGCGUGGGGAGAAACGCCGCUCGUCGCAGGCAGCGACAGCCGAGAAGGUGCGGGCGCCAGAACAGGCCUAGGUGCGGCGCCCGGCAAAAAGAAAAGCAGAUGGGAUGCAACGCCCACGAUCGGAGGCACUGGACAGGAAACUCCCACUCCUGGGCAGUGGGGAGCGACCCCCGCGGUCGACCAAGCAGGGACUCCGAUUCUUGCUGGCGCGGGCAGCGUCACGCCCAUGGCGCCUGGCGCUGGUUCUGGCAACGUGACCCCGAUGAUCGCUCCAGGGUCUCAGACGCCCAGCAUGGGUCGGAAGCGAAGUCGCUGGGACGCGACGCCGGUUCUCGGCGGCUCGGACGCAGACAUGGCGGCGGCCGCUGCUGCGGGGCUGACCCCUGGAGCAUCGACGCCCAUGACGGGUGGCGCCGGCAUGACCCCCGGGAAGGACGGCAGCACGCCGAUGACGAGUCAGCUGACUCCUGGAAUGACGCCUCUGGCGGUCACUGGCAUGGUAGGCGCGACACCGUUGACUCCGGGAACUCCUAUCUCCACAGCGGAGCAGCUUCUCCAGCUGCGCAUGCAGCAGGAGCAGGACGAACGCACGCGGUAUUUGACUGACGAAGAGUUAGAUAGGUUACUUCCCAAAGAGGGCUACGAAAUCGUCCCGCCGCCCGCGGACUACAACCCGCCGCCGUCUUCUGCUGCGGCAGCGGCAGCUCGAGCGCGACACCAAGCCAUCGGCAUGACUCCAGGCGUGGCUGCGACGCCUACGCCCAUCGGAGUGACGCCUCUGUACACGAUGCCUGAGGAGGGAGUGAUUCCUGGCGGCAUGGAGGGCCUCAUGACGAUGGGGGGUGGCAUCGGUGGCCAGCUGACGGCUGAGGGAGGCGGCGUGACGAUGAAGGCUGAGGAUUACCAGUUCUUUGCGAAACUCUUCGAAGACAAAGACGAGGACGCAAUGACACAAGAGGAGGUGAAGGAACGCAAGAUUCAGCUGCUUUUGUUGAAGAUCAAGAACGGCACCCCUCCGCUUCGUCGAUCUGCUCUGCGCACGCUGACGGAGAAGUCCAAGGAAUUCGGCGCCGCUGCGCUUUUUAAUCAGAUUCUCCCUCUCAUGAUGCAGAGCACCCUGGAAGACCAGGAACGGCAUCUGCUCGUCAAAGUCAUUGAUCGCGUACUGUACCGCCUGGACGACGCUGUCCGCCCGUACGUCCACAAAAUUCUUGUCGUUAUUGAACCUCUACUUAUCGACGAGGACUACUACGCUCGCAUUGAGGGCAGAGAAAUCAUUUCUAACUUGGCGAAGGCGGCGGGUCUCGCGACGAUGAUUGCCACCAUGCGUCCCGAUAUCGAUCACCCGGAUGAAUACGUUCGUAAUACCACCGCAAGAGCCUUCGCCGUCGUGGCGUCCGCGUUGGGAAUUCCGUCGCUGAUUCUUUUUCUGAAGGCCGUGUGUCAGUCGAAGAAGUCGUGGCAAGCGCGCCACACGGGCAUCAAGAUUAUCCAGCAGAUGUCCAUUCUGAUGGGGUGCGGGGUUUUGCCCCAUCUGAAGCAGCUCGUGGAAAUUAUUCAGCACGGGCUGGACGACCAAGUUUUGAAGGUCAAGACCGUCACGGCUCUGGCUCUCGCGGCCUUGGCCGAGUCUGCGGCGCCGUACGGUAUCGAAGCCUUCGACAGUGUCCUCAGGCCUCUUUGGAAGGGUAUGGGUGAAAUGCGCGGAAAAGGUUUGGCGGCGUACUUGAAAGCUAUCGGUUCCAUUAUUCCCCUUAUGGACGCCUACCACGCGAGCUACUAUACACGAGAAGUUAUGGUCAUGCUGGUUCGAGAAUUCGAAACAAACGAUGAAGAAAUGAAAAAAAUCGUCCUCAGAGUCGUCCGACAGUGCGUCGCCACAGAAGGUGUGGAGAGCGAGUACAUUCGAACAGAUAUCGUACCACCAUUUUUCGCGAAGGUUUGGUUGGUGCGCAACGCACUCGACCGCCGUACAGCGAAGCUCCUCAUUGAGACCGUCGUGGAAAUUGCCAACAAAGCAGGAGGCGCUCACAUCAUUCAGCAGAUUGUUGAAGACUUGAAAGACCCAAGUGAACCUUUCAGGAAGGUGACAUUGGAGGCUCUGGAACAGAUCAUUGUGAACAACGGCGUUGUAGACGUCGACAACCGCCUGGAGGAGCAACUGGUUGAUGGUCUUUUGUACGCGUUUCAAGAGCAGACGUCGGAAGAUGCGACGGCUCUGCUGAACGGGUUUUCUACCAUCGUCAAUGCAUUGGGUACCCGCAUCAAGCCGUACCUGCCUCAGAUUUGUGGUGUUAUCCGCUGGCGUCUCAACACACCCAGUGCGAAGCUCAGGCAACAGGCUGCAGACCUUAUUGCGCGCAUUGCCGUUGUCAUGCAGAAGUGUGGAGAGGAGCAGAUGCUUGGUCAUUUGGGUCUGUUCCUUUACGAAUAUCUCGGAGAAGAAUACCCGGAGGUCCUAGGUAGCAUUUUAGGUGCACUGAAGGCAAUUGUGAAUGUCAUUGGCAUGAACAAAAUGACACCGCCCAUCAAGGAUUUGCUUCCACGUCUCACGCCGAUUCUCAAGAACCGUCACGAGAAGGUCCAGGAGAACGUUAUCGACCUCGUGGGACGCAUCGCCGAUCGAGGAGGUGACUUGGUGUCACCCAAGGAGUGGGACCGCAUCUGCUUCGACUUGCUAGAUAUGCUGAAGGCGAGCAAGAAGGCCAUUCGGCGAGCGACUGUCAACACCUUCGGCUACAUUGCGCGGACAAUUGGUCCCCAGGAUGUCCUGGCUACUCUCUUGAACAACCUGAAGGUGCAAGAACGCCAGCUGCGUCUAUGCACGACGAUCGCUAUCGCCAUCGUGGCGGAGACGUGUCUGCCGUACUCCGUGCUUCCGGCGCUUAUGAACGAAUACCGCGUCCAGGAGCUGAACGUACAGAAUGGUGUCCUCAAAACUCUUUCCUUCAUGUUCGAGUACAUCGGAGAAAUGGCCAAGGAUUACAUCUACACUGUGGUUCCCUUGCUUGAAGACGCUCUCAUGGACCGCGACCUUGUCCACAGGCAAACGGCGGCUUGGGCAACCAAGCACUUGGCACUCGGUGUCCAUGGUCUCAGUUGCGAAGAUGCGCUUCUGCAUCUGAUGAACUUCGUCUGGCCAAAUAUUUUCGAGAAAUCGCCGCAUCUUGUGCAGGCUUUUUUCGAUGCUGUCGACGGCAUGCGCGUCUCACUGGGUGCCGGCAUUGUAUUUCGAUACGUCCUUUUGGGUCUAUUCCAUCCGGCGAAAAAGGUGCGCGAAGUGUACUGGCGAGUGUACAACAAUCUUUACAUUGGGCAUCAAGACUCGAUGGUUGCGUUCUACCCACCCCUUCCGGACGACGAGAAGGGCUGUUAUUCUCGAGACGAACUGCUGUAUGUUAUUUAGUUGGCGUUUUUUUCUCUUGUCUAUUUCAAAGUGUUCGAGUGUUUCAGAAGUGCAUGGCAAACAGUCUUGUCCUUCUUCUGCGAAACGUUUGACGAGGAGACACACGCUUGCUCGGCGAUUGCUCAUGUGAUGAGGAAGUCCACUCAGUUGUGGUAGACGCAUUUAUGCAGACUCAGCCAGCUUCAUCGGUUUCCAUUCAUUUUAGUAUGCGUCACCUGAACGGUGUCGGGAAAAAUUGGUGAUUGCCGGACCAGCUAAUGAGGGAAUCUGAAAUUCAUCACUGAAGGACAGCAGAGAACAUAGCAUAAACACUUCAGCAGUUCGGAGAGUUGGUCCAUCACGUCGUUGUAUCUCACGGAGAUUAUGUUUUAAUCACGAGGGAAAAGGCGGUGUUGUUUAUGCCACAUAUUCCGACAACCGUUGUCACAAGGCAGUUGGAAGCGACUAAGAUGCUGUGUAGAUCUUGUUCGUUAGAUUAGUUACAGUCACCAGCAUAGGACUCUUCAGUAAACUUUGGUCAGCGAUACAAAGGCUGUGCUAGCGGUCACUCAAGGAGACAGAAAGCGAUAUGGUCACAUUUUAUAUCGAGCAAAUACCCAUCAGUUAUAGAAGAGGGCAAGUGCAAGCAGGUAUUGUUAUUUUCGCCUUCGAUGUCAGAGAGGCUGGAAUGCCCUAGAAGGGGUCUGCGGUGAGGACAGGGUCUCUUCUCGCAAUUAUCCAGAUGCUUGCGAUGAGCGGAGAACUAAAAGCAGCUCGUUUUUUCCAUGAAGAAUAGGCCCAGAUCUACUUGAGCGGGGUCCAGAUCGAACAAACACGUGGGCCGGGGCAUUAUAUGUUUUUCAUUCCAGGGUAGACGGAAUUGCG